AUGGACAGAUACCGAUUGUCGGUGCCAGCGCCGGCGCAGUAUCAGCAGAUGCAAGCGCAGGCAUACCAGAGUCCCAAGAUUUCUUGGAAGAAGGUUUCGGAGCACAUCGAGGCCAAUGGAGGGUCUUACAAAUUCGGCAAUGCGACUUGCAAGAAGAAGUGGUACGAGAUACACGAUCUCUAA